AUGUUCGCCCUCCCUCAACCCUCCAUGGAGAGGAGGAAGUUCGACUGGCGGAGAUUCUCUGCGCCAGUUGCCAUCGCAAGCAUGAUCCUCGCCGUCCUCUCCGUCGUCCUCUACUUUAAUAUUCGUGAACAUCUCACUGCCCGGGAUGAGGCCAACCUGCCGAGGGUGACAGUCGAUCUAGGCUACGCAAGGUAUUCUGGCAACGUGCUCCCCAGCGGCGUGAGCCAGUUUCUCGGUAUGAGAUUUGCGGCGCCUCCCAUAGGAAAUCUGAGAUGGCGUGCACCUCAAGAUCCCGAGCCUAAGGAAGGCACGACAGAUGCCAUUGAUGUGAGGCGUCUUUUGCCAUCUUGCCGUUCGAGCGCUAUUUCGCUGACCGAGUCCCAGUUUGGGCCGACAUGCCUCGCGACGGAAGUGACGUAUCCAACUUCGGGCCAAGAUGAGGACUGUUUAUAUGUCAACGUCUGGUCACCUAACAACACGACGCCCGACUCGAAGCUUCCGGUGUGGUUAUUUAUUCAAGGCGGAGGCUACACCUCCAAUGCCAACCCCAACUGGAAUGGCUCUCAGGUUGUCGACGUCUCCGGCAAGAACAUCGUCUUCGUCAACUUCAACUACAGGGUCGGCUUAUGGGGGUUUCUGGCAAGCGAGCGCAUCAGGAAGGACGGGGACUUGAAUGCAGGACUCUUGGACCAGCGGCAGGUCAUGAAAUGGGUCCAAACUCAUAUUUCAAAGUUUGGCGGCGAUCCAAAUCACGUUGUUAUCCAUGGUCUCUCGGCAGGCGCUGGCUCAGUCGCCCUCCACCUCGCAGCGUACGGCGGGAGGGAUGACAAGCUAUUCGUAGGCGCCAUGUCCGAGUCUGUCUUCUUUCCCGCCCAACCCCGCGUGCCCGAGCUUGAAUACCAGUUCGACAAGACCGUAGAGCAGGUCGGCUGCAAGGACGAAAAGGACCAGAUGGGGUGUCUUCGCGGCAAGGAUAUCAAGGCCAUCCAGGACGCCAACCUUGCCUUGCCGUUCCCCGGAAGAUCGGCGAACCCACACUUUUACUGGACGCCCUGUAUAGACGGUGACAUGCUCCGGGACUACCCAUACCGGCUCUACGAAAAGGGAUCCUUCAUCAAAAUGCCCGUGCUCUUCGGCACGGGAACUAACGAGGGGUCCGUCUUCGCUGCCAACGUCGCGACCCAGGAUGGAUUCGUCUCCUUCAUGACGGAUAACUACCCGAAGCUCACAAAGAACGAGACCGGCCUCAUGCUGGAAAAGUACCCGCUCCUGGCCCCCCUCCCGAACCACAACGCCUGGUUCCCCUCUACCAGCCAGGCCUACGGCGAGACGACCUUCAUCUGCCCAGGCAACAUCGUCAUGGACGCCUACGCGGCCGCGAACCGCUCCUCCACGAGCUGGUCCUACCGUUUCAACGUACAGGACAACCAAAACACGGCCUCCGGGCUCGGCGUCCCGCACGUCUUCGAAGCGCCCGCCGUCUUCGGCAUCGACGCGUGUCCGACGCCUGAGAGCUUCCGCACAUAUAACCGGCCGAUCGUGCCUCUGAUGAUGAACUACUGGAUCUCCUUCAUCCGGAGCCUGAACCCCAACACGUACAAGCUCAACGGUGCCCCGGCUUGGGACGCCUGGGGGAGGAACCAGUCGCGGUACGUGUUUGAGCUGGACAAGAACCGUAUGGAGAAUGUCGACGACGGGCAGAAGUCCCGGUGCCGCUUCUGGGAGAGCAUCGUGGAGGUCAUGGAGCAAUGA